UUACCAUGGAGUCACUUUUUACUGGUUCUAAACAAACGUCCGCUUCAACCAACAUGGCGGCCAUUACGAUAAGUGCUCUCACGGCUUUCUUCUCGGACGAGCCGAAAUCAAUCCAACGAGGUGAAAAUCACUUCAGAUCCGACCAUGUUGAAUCUUUUUAUUAUUCUGAUGGAGUAAUUCGAGGAUCAGUGCACGCUAGUAUGAAGAACAAGUUCUAUAAAGUUACGGUAUUCCUCCGUAAUGAUGAAAUAAUAUCAUCUGAGUGUGAAUGUCCUCGUGGAAGUUACAAGUGUGCUCAUGCCGCUGCAAUUAUAAUCCAUGGGAUCCACAACCUUAGUCGAACAGAUGUCGAGUGCGAAUGGAAGAAGCAGAAGGCUUCGCUAGAUGUAAAAUCUGUAGAAGAACUCUAUCCAUGCCCAAAAGAAUACAACUGUCUUAAACGACAGUUUAAUGAUGAUGAUAGGUCCUGGUUCUACCAAGAACUCAAAAAGUAUGGCAGCUUUACUGGUACUUUGUGGCUUCUCUCUCCCGAGCCAGCAAAAGCUCUACUCCCAAUUACCCCCGUUGAAGACAUCAUUGUAUCAUCAGAAUUCAUUAAUCAUAAUAACCAGCGCGAAUAUCUUGUUAAAAGAUUAGAAAUCACUGCAGAACAGCGGUUGAAAGUGAAUCAAGUCACCAUAAAACAACAAGAAAACCCCUCUUGGCAUAUUUUACGAAAGGGAAGACUGACUGCAAGCAAUUUUGGGAGUGUGCUAAAGGCUAAAAAAGCAACUCCAUUUUUCAACAAUGGCUUUAUCAGAUGUUGAGCCAGGAAACAGU